UAAAAAAAAAAACAGAAGAAAAUAAUCUAUAUAUAUUUGAAUAAAUGUAUAUAUCUGGAAGCGUAAAAUAAAAAUUGAUAUAUAAGCAAAAUUUCUAUUUUAUCAAAUAAGAAUCAUAACUUUUCUUUUACAAACUUGGCCAAAUUCCUAUAUCACCAUAUCAUACCAACCAUACUUGUGGCGAUUUAGGCUCUUGAUUAAGCAAAGUUCUACCCAAUUUUUAAUCAAGUUACCUUGGACCAAGUCUAAACAAUACCAAUCCACAUAUAGUCCACGCACUAUAGUCACCUUCAACUGUUUUUAUCAUUAUCAACAACACCGUUAAAGAUCAGUUAAUAAUAUAAUACAAGCAUUAUGUCAUCGUACGACAAUAAUAACCCAAAUAAUACUUACCAUCAUUUACCUUAUCAAACAUCCACAUCCGGUGGUGCGCCUCCAGCGGUUUCAACUCAUUCAUUAAAGGAUGCUACCUCUGCUGCGGCUGGGUAUGAUAAUCAACCAAGGUUUUAUUCUUCUCCAGUGGUGAUUCAACAACCGUCCUACUAUCCUGCUAAUGGCCAAUACACUUAUAACCAAUCAAUGAUUUAUCCUCCUCAACCAGGUGCCAAUGCAUACGCUCAACAGCAACAACAACAACCUCAACAACCACCUCAACAACAACAACAACCACAACAGCAGCAAAGUUAUUUUGAUCCAUCUAUGCCAAUAAACAACUAUUUAUUAAUACCUCAAGGAACAAAUCCUAACAAUACAAAUAACCAAAAUACUGGUGCCGGAAACCCAUUAGCUCAAGCCAAUUAUUAUAAUACAGCUUCUGCAUACGGUCAAUACCAUCCACCUCCACAAAUGCAAGUAAGCACAAGUCUUCCACCUAAGCAACAACAACAAUCUCAUAGUACAGGCAACAUUCCAACAGUUUCUUCAGCAACUUCCGCUCAACAAGUCAGUUCUACCAAUUCCAGCAAUGCCAACGUAUCGACACAAGCUUCCUCUGUUUCUGUAAGUAAUAAUGUUAUCUUUCCAAAUUUUUGUGAACGAUUACAGCAAUUGUUACCCCCACCACCAUUAUCUAGAGCAAGUCCUAGACCAGAAGUGAAUCUUAAUCUUUCCAAUAAGAGAGCCAAGAGAAAGUCCAAAUUCUCCCAACAACAAGAUGACUUGAUCGUUUCUCUUAAGAAGAAAGGUAAAUCAUGGGUGGAAAUAGCCGAAAUAUCUAAUGUAGGAUCAUAUUUGGCAGCUAGAAAUAGAUACCAAGUAAUUGUUGGUCAACAAGGUAAUAAUAACUCAUCGAGUUGGGAUAAUGAAGAUAAAGAACACUUGCAUCGUAUUUUAGAUGCAGGUGAACUUGAAAAAUGGAAGUUCAUAAGUACUGAGUUAAACAAGGCUACUAAUAAGAAUUUUACUGAUCUUGAAUGUCGAGAAAUUAUUAGAAUGUUGUUUUGGUCUAAUCCAGGACAAUUUUCUGUGAAUGAAGACACUAUUAAUGAGUGUGUUAAAGAAAAGAAAUUGACAGAGAAAUUUCUUGAGCAACGUGAUCAUCAAUCGAAGAAGAAACCAGAUCACAGUAGUAGUGAUAGUUCUUCUAGUUCAUCUGUAUCCAAAAAGAGAAAAUCAUCAGGGGGUAAUUCCGAUGUUAAGAAGGAAGAAGCUAGUACUUCAACCUCUACUAUAAACUCCAACCCUCUUGUUAAUCAAUUAAAUCCUAGUGCAAAUGCAGUCGGCAAUAUUUACUACGGAGGAGCCCCUCAAUUAACGCACAAUCCUUCUUCAGCUUAUCAAAGAUAUAGCGUAACACCUAAUUCUCAGAAUAAUGCUCCAGCCAAUCAAUAUUAUCAGAAGUACUACUAAUUAUAAAAUAUGCAUUCUAUCAAUGACUAAUCGUUAUAAACCCCUCUAUAAUAUUUAAUCCUUCCAUUCUUUUAUUACCUUUAAUAUUGUUAUUGUUAUUUUUAUUGCUUUAUUGCCACUGUUUAUUAUUACUACUACUAUUACUAUUAUUAACAAUAUUUCGUUGAUUUUUCAGUUUGUUAUUAU